AUGACAGGGGUAUUUCAGGGGGUGCUGGUGGCUGAAACCCCCAAGAAGCACUUGGGGGAAAGUGGUCAGAAGGUUUUAGCCUCGCCUUCAGGAGGCAGGUGGCCUUGCUUGCAGAACCUGGCGGUGGGGCGGCAGCUGGUGGAGCUGGGCAUCCUGGGCACCGGGAACGUGCUGCAGCGGGAGGAGUUCGAGGCCCUUGGGAAGCCACCACCCCAAAAGUUACUGGCAAGUGUAGGAAAAGAACUGAAAGGUAACUUCUUGCAAGCCCUGGCAGAAAGAGAGGAAGCCAAUACCAAUGGAAAAAUGUCUUCCAUCAUCUUCAUUCGGGACCGGAAUUCCCAGCGCCAGGAGGUGUCCGGGUACAUCGACUACGCACACAGGCUGACAACAGAUGACUUUGAAGCCUACUUCAGUGGGAAGAGGAGACUUCUCCCUCGGAGCACUGAUCUGAGCUUUUACAACUGGGAUAGAGAUGUCAGCACUUCAUGUUCCAGCCCAAAUUACGAAGUGAUUGCUGAAAGUGCCAUUGGAGUGCUCUUCAAGAACAAAAGUGAUGGGCAAAUAAUAAAUGUGGAUCCCAAGGCCUACCCAGGAGACAACACAACACGGACGCCUAUUGAAACAAAUCAGUAUCUCCAUGUUGUUAUCUAUGACCAUAUUGUUGGAGGAGGAACCUAA